CCGAACGGCAGCCAUUAGCCGAUGGCGCCUCCUCCUCCUCCUCCUUGCCGGAGCCGCCUCGCCGGCGAGUGGCGACGCUGCCGCCGCUUCAGACUGUCACACGGCUUCUCGCACCACGUGCUGAACCUACCCUACCCAGUACCCACACUCCACUCCAGUCCACCCACCGGGACCUCUAACCCCAAGCUUGAUCUCGUGCGCUCCUCUCCCUUCCCCUCCUCUCCUAGGGUUAGCAAGCUUGAUCCCGUACGCCUGCUUGGGUGUCUGACCGCACCGGCACCGAGAUGGUAGCCGCUGCUGCGGCGGUGCGGUCGGUGUCCCUCCGCCGCGUUGGCUCUCUCCUCCGCGCUCCUGUGCCCAGCGGCCUGACCACCUCGCGCGUCGCCGCACCCUUUCCCCGCCGCACAGAUUCCAUGAAGAUUUCUCAACUCCAAUUAACAGCUACACGAUUUUCAAAAGAGAAUAAUUCUGACGAGGAUGACGAGCUCCUUUCUGAGCUCAGAGAUAAGUGGGAUGCAAUGGAGAACAAGUCCUCUCUUGCCUUGUAUGGUGCUGGAGCAAUCCUCACUGUCUGGAUAUCCUUGGUUGUAGUCAAAUCUCUCGACUCUGUCCCAUUGCUCCCAGGCUUACUGGAGCUAGUGGGGCUCAGCUACUCUGGAUGGUUCGUGUACCGAUACCUGCUUUUUCAGGAAAAUCGGAAAGAACUGGCGGAGCUUAUCGAUGAUACAAAGAGAAAGAUUAUUGGUGACGAUGAUUAGCUGUUUACUGGUUUGUAAUUCUAUUUCUCUGAUGGAACCUUGUAGGCUUCUACUCUUAAUUAAUGCCAGUCGAUUUAGAAACGUCCUGGAAUUAUUCAGAGCUAUGAGGUAUGGCCUUCCACACCUCCUGUGCCGUCUGCAGUUGAGCAUUUUAUUUGCUGAAUCUUCUUAUUCAGCAUGGUCUAGAAAAAAUUCUUGUAUUCUCCGUAUAUUUAGCUUAUGAGGUAUGGUCUUCCACACCAGAUGUACCUCAAAUUCCGUGUGCUUCCCUAGCAAGAAGUUAGCCGUCAGAACAUAUAAAAUUCUAAAGAUGUAAAAUUAUCUGAAACAGAACCGGAUGCACUUUUUUUUCCGCACUUGGUCAAAGAUGAUGCACCUUAUAUUGCUAUA